UGAUGCCGCGUUCCGGGCCCGGGUGCACGCAGAGAGCCGCUGAUAAGGGAACUACAAAACAGCAGUGAAUGGAGGCUAUUCCAUGAACAAACACUGUAACCCUUCUGGAAAAGCCCAGCUUGUUCGGCCGUCCCUUUUAUAAUUCAUUUGUUGUGGCUGAUACAAGCUCUGCAGCUGAUCAUGGGGCCGAGGAGUCCGGUGCUGGUUCCUCUCAUCUGCAUAAUUGUGGCAAUGCUGCCUUCUUAUACAGGUUCUCUAGCUGUCAUGUCCGUUGAUCUGGGCAGUGAGUGGAUAAAAAUUGCAAUAGUGAAACCUGGUGUGCCAAUGGAGAUUGUUCUAAACAAGGAGUCAAGGAGGAAAACACCCACUGCCGUGUGUCUCAAAGAAACAGAGAGGCAUUUUGGAGACAAUGCAUUAGCUGUGUCUGUGAAGAGUCCCAAAACUGUUUAUAGACACCUGCAAAGCCUUAUGGGUAAAAAGCAUGAUAAUUUACAUGUGAAGCUCUACCAGAAACGCUUUCCUGAACACCAGCUGCAGGAGGACCCAGUGAGAGGCACAGUUUACUUUAGCUCAGAAGACAAACAAUACACUCCUGAAGAACUCAUUGGGAUGAUGCUCAAUUAUUCACGUGGACUUGCUCAGGACUUUGCAGAACAGCCAAUUAAAGACGUGGUGAUCACCGUUCCAGCCUUUUUCAACCAGGCAGAGCGGAGGGCAGUCCUGCAUGCCGCACAGGUGGCAGGUCUGAAGGUUCUUCAACUAAUUAACGACAACGCAGCGGUGGCCUUGAACUACGGGGUUUUCAGGAGGAAAGAUAUCAACAGCACAGUGAAGAAUGUGAUGUUUUAUGACAUGGGUGCAGGCAGCACUACUGCCACCAUUGUCACAUAUCAGACUGUCAAAACCAAAGACUCUGGGACCCAGCCCCAGUUACAGAUCCGAGGUGUUGGAUUUGAUCGCGGGCUGGGGGGUUUUGAGAUGGACCUGCGCCUCCGUGACCAUCUAGCCAAAUGUUUUAACGAGCAGAAGAAAAGCAAGAACGAUGUACGAGAGAACCACCGGUCCAUGGCCAAGCUGCUCAAAGAAGCUCAGAGGUUGAAAACUGUUCUGAGCGCAAAUAUGGACUUCACAGCACAGGUGGAGGGAUUGAUGGAGGACAUCGAUUUCAAAGCUAAGGUGAACAGGGCUGAGUUUGAAGAGCUGUGUGCGGAUCUUUUUGAAAGAGUUCCUCACCCCGUGCACGAAGCUCUCGCAGCGGCAGAAAUGAAGAUGGAUGAAAUUGAGCAAGUGAUUUUAGUUGGUGGUGCCACUCGCGUACCCAAGGUUCAGGAAGUGCUGCUCAAAGCUGUGGAGAAAGAGGAGCUGGGGAAGAACAUCAAUGCAGAUGAGGCAGCGGCCAUGGGUGCCGUAUACCAGGCAGCUGCCCUCAGCAAGGCCUUUAAAGUGAAACCUUUCCUGGUUCGAGAUGGAGCUCUUUUCCCCAUUCAGGUGGAGUUUACCCGGGAAAUGGAAGAAGAAGGUGUUAAAACGGUGAAAUUCAAUAAACGCAUCCUGUUCCAGAGGAUGGCGCCCUACCCGCAGCGAAAAGUCAUUACAUUCAAUCGCUAUAGUGAGGACUUUGCUUUCAACAUCAACUAUGGUGACCUCAGCUUCCUGAGUGAAGAGGACCUCAGUGUCUUUGGCUCACUAAACCUGACCACAGUCAAGCUGUCUGGAGUGGGCAGCAGCUUUGAGAAGCACACAGAUGCCGACUCUAAAGGAAUCAAAGCUUAUUUCAACAUGGAUGAAAGUGGCGUGCUUCUCCUGGAUCGGGUGGAGUCUGUCUUUGAAAAAGUUGUUGAGGAUAAAGAAGAAGAAUCCACCUUAACUAGACUGGGUAACACCAUUUCCACCUUGUUUGGAGGAGGAGCCUCUGAACCUGUUCCAAACGUAACUGAACCCGUCCAGGAUGAGGAAGAAGUGGCUCCAGAAUCUAAAAAGGACACUGAACAGGAGAGCCAGAAGCAGGAGGCUGUCAAAGAUACACCGGAUCCUUCUGAGAAAAGUGAAGAUGCAAGCAAAAGCCAGGAGAAGACGGAGGACACAGACAGCAAACCUGAAGCCACGCCUGAUAAGGAGGAAAAGGAUGGAGAGAAGUCUGCAAACACAGAAGAGGAGGAAGAGAAGAAGGAAAAACCACAGAAAAAGAGCAAGGUCUCUGAAGAUAUUGAAAUGGAACUGAUCAUCAACGACAUUCUUGUCCCCAAUGCUGACGACGUCGCUUCCUCUAAAAAAAAGCUGCAGGAUUUGACCGACAGAGAUCUCGCCAAACAGGAGAGGGAAAAAAUGCUUAACAGUCUGGAAGCUUUUAUUUUUGAGACACAGGACAAGCUGUACCAGGACGAUUACCAGCAGGUGGUAACUGCAGAGGAGAAGGAGCAGAUAUCCGCCAAGCUGAGUGAGGCGUCAGAAUGGAUGGAUGAGGACGGCUAUUCAGCAACCACCAAGCAACUGAAGGAGAAGUUGUCUCAUCUGAAGACCUUGUGCAAGGACAUGUUUUUUAGAGUAGAUGAGCGACGCAAGUGGCCGGACCGGCUGGCUGCACUGGACCGCUUGCUCAACAGUUCCAGCUUGUUUUUAAAGGGUGUCAGGAUGAUUCCAGAUGCUGACCAGAUAUUCACUGAAGUGGAGCUAAAUAUGUUGGGAAAAGUCAUUAACGAAACAGCGUUGUGGAUGAAUGAGACAGUCGCACAGCAGGGGAAACGUUCUCCCAAGGAGAAACCAGUGCUGCUUUCCAAAGACAUCGAGUCCAAGUUGGCUUUGCUGGAUCGAGAGGUCAACUAUUUGCUCAAUAAAGCCAAGUUUGCCAAGCCCAAGACGAAAGUAAAAAACGACAAAACCCCUGAUAAAAGCAGCACGCCCAGUAACACGACGGAGGAAAAAGACCCCUCCCCCAAGCAGGAGAGCACAGACUCGAAUGCUGAAGAAAUCCCAGAACAGGUGCACCCAGCUGACAUCCCACCCACCGAGGAAAGCACUAUACAUCCAGACUCGGAACACCAAUCACAACCAACAGAAGGUACAAUACCAACAGAGUCCGUGGAGCGGGCCAAACCUGAAAACCCCAAUGAUGAAUUAUAGCAUCUAGAACUUUGGAAGAAAAAGUCACUAUUUAUUUGCUAUAUGAUCUUCAACUAUUCUCUUUUCCAUCCUUUCUCCAGCUUCCUAAUGUUUUCUUCUUUUUUUUUUUUUUUGUUCAAGUUUUCCCUCCGUUUGUUGAAUUGCUUGAAGCUGGCUGGAUUAAGGGAAGAGAAUACCGUUAUGACCCUUUCAUCCUCAUGCAUCUCACGUCCUUUGUCUUUCAUGGAUUUUAUAAGCACUGGAAACUGCCCAGCGCGGCUGCCCCACCCCACCACUACCACCAAAAAAAGAUAAAAUAAAGACAUUGUUGUAUCAAACAUUGCAGUAUGUAUGUCGUCUGUGCUGGUACAGGAAGAUGAGGCGGUAUCUGGCCUGUUCCCACCAGGAUUAGUUCUGAGCCUGUUUUGCAGUUAUGUAACAUUUUAUUUUCCUGUUCUGUGCACAGUGUCCUGAACUAUUCAAACCUGAUGCCACAUGUUUGCUUUUACUUCUCUGGCCUGAUAUGCAUGUUGCAUCAUUUUCAGGAGAUUUUUUUUUUUUUUUUUUUUUUCAAUACUGACAAUGUCAUGGGCAACGUCGAUAAUUUACAAUAAAAACUGAAGGUUUAA